ACUGCCAGUUGCGGUGAAUUUGUGCAUACGAAAACAAGGUAGUCGGACUUCGUGUAUUGGGCUCUGCAAGAACUGUGUUACAGAUAUUUUAUCAACUGUGUAUACAUCGAGACUCCGUGCGUUACCUCUAGUUGAAAGAUAUCAGAAAUUCGACCUUUUCGUGAAAAACUGAUCGUGUAAUGGCUGAAAGCAAGGAAAAUCGUGAAGAGGUUUUUGCAUGCCCGAUAUGUGUGCAAACAUUCCGGAAACCAGUAACGUUACCUUGUCAGCACAGUUUUUGCAAGGAGUGCAUUAGUGUGUAUGCUGACAAGUCUAAACCUGAACAGACAGAUGAGGUCUCCUGUAGCAUGGGGAGUGAGGGUGUUCACCAGCUGAUCUCAUGCCCUGUAUGUCGGACACCAACCAGUCUGGGGAGAGAAGGUGUGGCUGGUCUGCCCCCCAACUUUCAUCUGACGGAGAUAGUGGAGAGGUUCUCUUCUGCUGUGAAGGUUGACGAUGACAUCCUAUAUUGUUCCCUGUGUGAGGAUGAUAAUCAGGCUAAAGCUGUCAAGUUUUGUACCGACUGUUGUUUACUGUAUUGUAAAGACUGUCUGGCUUCUUGUCAUCCCAUGAGAGGCGCUAUUAAACGUCACCGGCUGAUUUCGUCUUUGGAGUACCUCUCACAGGAAACCCCACAGCGACAGACCAGCGGCUGGGAUGAACAAUCAACUCAGCAAGCGUCAUGUGCGAGACAUGGUGAGCCAUUCUGCUUGUACUGUGUACGGUGCCGGCUGGUGAUCUGUAUGGGGUGUGUGGUUGACCAUCCUGAACAUGCAGUGCGGGAUAUACCAUCUGCAGCGCAGAAUGCCAAGCCAGCGGUCUUGAACAAGACUAGUGAACUGGAGAAAGUGCUACAAGAAACUAAAGAAUCACUGUCAGGAGUUACGAGGUUGUACAAUAAGAUACAGGAAACCCAGGAACUUCACACUCAAGAGGUAGAAAGGGCUUAUUGUGAAGCCUUGGAAGCCUUACAAGCCUGGAAACAACAGUCCUUAGAUGGCAUAAAAACACGCUAUUCACAGUGGGGUGUGGAGUGUAGCGCUAUACUCAAACAUUUCCAGCUACAUUCCCAGGAAAUGGAAAGGAUGGUACAGGCUUCUAAAGAUUUAUUAGCCUCAAUGGACAUCGAGUUUUUACAGGGUUCCACGGACUUCACCAAAACAAUUGAUGACCAGCUGAAUGAGAUAAGAGCAGAUCUGGAGAAACAUGAGGUCAGCAGACAGAAGCUUCUAGAUUCUGUACAACAUGACCACGUUGUCCCUAGACAGGUGAUUGUAAAAGAGACAGUGGAAGAACGUCAGGACUUAGAAGCAGCGGUCGGCAGGCAACCCCUAUGUGUUACAAAGCCGACGCUGAGAUUCACAGAGACAGACAACAGUGGGCUGACAAUCACUGACAGCGGCUCUGUGGUAAAGGCUGAGGACUUGUCCUGGGGGUGGAGGAGAGCUGUGACAGACGGGCAUUACCAGACGGGCAGGUACUACUGCGAGAUACACACCACCUGUUCACCUGGCUGUUACUGUCAUGUAGGAGUGACACAGGAGAGCUGUGGUGUGAGUGGGAAGACAGACCCUGGGCGUAACUCCUGGUACAUUGAGAUGGUGUACAGUGGUGAUAAGGUCAGGUGUUUUAGUCACAGUGGUGGUGGUGAGAUCAAACCUGGCUAUCUACAGUACAGACGUUACACACGACCUCAUCACCUGGGUGUGUACCUGGACUGUGAUGACCACACACUGACAGUCCUGGACUGUGACAACAACCAGGUAAUGUACACUGUCAGUGAUGUUAUCGUCACAGAGCCUCUCGUGCCAUGGGUUGAGUUUGGUGUCUGGUUUGGAUCUGGAUCUGUGUCUGCUCGUCUGAUAACGGGUGACUCUGCAACUCUGCCUCCAGUUCUCUGUGAUAUGAUAAGCACUUCCUGACCAUCGGG